ACAAAACAAAGAAGAAUGGAGGUUGGGAACUGCUCAGCCACUGAGUUCCUUUUCUUGGGAAUUACCAAUAACCCUGUGAUCAAAGUGAUUUUAUUUACCACAUUUUUAUAUAUUUAUCUCCUUGCUCUUUGUGAAAACCAUGGAAUCAUCAUUCUGAUCAGAGUGGAUCAGCAGCUUCACACGACAAUGUAUUUCUUCCUCAGCCACCUCUCUUUCUGUGAUGUCUGCUAUUCCACUGCUGUUUGCCCUAAGAUGUUAGUAGAACUGCUUGCCAAGAGCAGCAAUUCAAUUCCUUUUCUUAGAUGUGUUCUGCAGUUCUUCAUUUUCUGCAUCUUUACAGAUGUGGAGUAUAUGCUGCUGGCAAUGAUGGCAUUUGAUCAAUACAAGGCAAUCAGCAACCCAUUGUUAUAUGCAGUAGACAUGUCCAGCAAAGUGUGCUACCAACUACUGGCUGUGGUUUACUUGGUGGGUAUUGUAGAUGCUGUGAUACACACAACAUUGACACUUCGCUUAAGUUUCUGUGGGUCCAAAGAUAUCAACCUCUUCUUUUGUGAUUUGCCCCUACUCUAUCUCCUCUGGUGCUCAGACAUACAAGUCAAUGAACUG